UGGCGCAGGCCUUCACUUGGCAUUCUCAACGUCAACAUGAAGAUCGUGAUUCUAAUUUAUACAGCAGUACUGGUAUACAUCGUGCACUCGGAGCCGUGUAACGUGUCCACUGACUGUGUAGGCACGAAAUGCGUCAGCACCGAGGCCCACGUGCACAUAGCCUGUAACGCCAAACACUGCACCUGUGAGCGCGAUGCUAUCAACUGCUUGGCAAUUGCUGAUUGUCCCGGUGGUGGGGCCAAUAACAGUACGUGCAUUAAUGGCGAUGGUCGCACUGCGCGUUGGCAUUGUCUGGACAACGUGUGCAAAUGCUUACGCGUUUAACUGACCUACUGCAUAUUCUGUAUUAAAUUGCUCUUGACCAGCA